GCGCAUUCAAUUCGUCAGUGUGGUCAUCUCAAGUAAAAUACUAAGCCGACAUACCUCCCCUCUGCGCAACCUUGCGCAAUGCCCUCUCGCCCUCACCUCCCCAUCCUCCAAUAACGUCUCUUAUUCGGCUCUUCUCUUCCUUCUCCUUCUUCUCCACCUGCAAUAUCUUCUUUCCUUUUAGCUCGAGCUUCUCGUCGAUGCGUUUCCGGUUAACAGACGGUUUUAACGACAAAGGCCUCGAUCUCAUCCUCGGUGUCUGGAGAAGAAUUUCCACUACCAGAGGCAAUACUUGCAGAACCUUCUGCGUCGCUGGCUACUGAUGCAUCGAUGACUUCGUGCUCAGAGACAUCGGACUCAUUUGGAGGAGAGAGCUUUUGACGUUUUGCAGGCGGCAUCUUGGUUGGAGGAAGAGAAGCGAUCAUAAGCGCUUAGAUCGGUUCCGGAAACAUCGGACCGCCACCAUGGACUGCCAGGUUGUUCUGGAACAUGUUCAGGGUUGCGCUCAUAAGGUUCCGAAGGGCAUUCCGUCAUGCCCCUUUCUCCUGUAUUUGUUCAUCUUUAGUGCUGGUCACAGCCGUAGUCUCUGCACAGACUAUAUUACUUCACGAACAUGUUGCGGAGGUUUGAAGGAGAAACAUAUGCUCUUUCCCUUGCAUUAGCUCGAAGGAAUAACAGCUCACGUUCUCUGGGCUGUUUGCUUCGGAGAGCAACUCCACCUGCAGCUCAAUCUUUUCUGAAUAGGUAUGGCUUGCCUAAAAUCACUGUGCGUAACUAUGCACAACCACCCGGAGGUGCGGGUGGUGGGUUCCCUGGGUUUUCCAUGCAACCGCAACGUCAGAAAGGGGAUGCUCUGAAGGAAUUCAGCGUCGAUCUUACCGAGCUUGCAAGGGAAGGCAAGUUGGAUCCGACUAUUGGAAGAGAUGAGGAAAUCCGCAGGACAAUUCAGAUUCUAUCGAGGCGCACGAAGUCAAAUCCUGUUUUGAUAGGCCCACCCGGUGUUGGUAAGACGGCCAUUCUGGAAGGUCUCGCAAGCCGGAUUGUGGCCAAGGAGGUUCCGGAGUCACUCCACAAUAAAAGAGUGCUUUCCCUCGACUUGUCAGCCAUUAUGGCAGGUUCGGGAAUUCGCGGCGCUUUUGAAGAGAAGUUUAAGGCUUUACUGCGAGACAUCGAAGACGAGGCAGGGAAUGUGAUUUGCUUUAUUGACGAACUUCAUACGCUCUUCCAACUAGGAAAGGCGGAAGGUAGUAUCGAUGCCGGGCAGAUGAUCAAGCCAGCCCUUGCUCGUGGACUUCAACUCGUAGGUGCAACGACGCCUGAGGAGUACCGGAAAACCAUCGGCAAGGAUGCUGCCUUGGAGCGACGGUUCCAGCCUGUCACUAUUGAAGAGCCAAGCGUUUCCUCCACUAUCUCUAUCCUUCGAGGACUUAAACCUCGAUACGAAGUACACCAUGGUGUGGAGAUCGCUGACGGCGCAUUAGUGACAGCUGCUGUAUACAGUGCAAGAUACAUCUCAGACCGUUACCUACCAGACAAAGCUAUUGACUUGGUUGAUGAAGCAGCAUCUGCACUGCGUCUGGCCCAGGAGUCGAAACCCGACGAAUUGGAAUCACUCGAGCGCGACAUAAUGACUCUGCAAAUCGAGCUCGAAAGCUUGAAGAACGAGUCGGAUGUUUUCAGCAUAGAGCGAAGAUCCAAAGUCGAGCAAGAUCUCACUCAGAAGCGAGAGGAAGCGGAACAGCUUACUGCGAUCUGGCAAUCCGAGCGUGCCCGACUUGAGCGAGCGAAGGACUUGAAACAACGCUUAGAGAACGCCAAGUACGAGUUGGAAGUCGCACUCCGACAUGGCCAGCUUGACCGUGCAUCUCAGCUUCGCUAUUCUAUAAUCCCGGACCUGGAACGACAACUACCCAAAGAGGAGGAAGUUACAGAGGAGGCAGAAUCACCAUUGUCAAUGUUGCAUGAUCGCGUCAGUUCUAACGAUAUAGCUCGGGUUGUCGCGAAAGCCACUGGGAUCCCAGUACAGAACCUCUUGAAGGGAGAACGGGAUAAGUUGGUUCAUAUGGAGGACUCGUUGCGUCAACGCGUUGUGGGUCAAGACCACGUAGUUGCGGCCGUCAGUGAUGCCGUUCGACUGUCUCGUGCGGGUUUGCAAGUACCCAAUCGUCCAGUCGCCUCUUUCCUCUUCUUGGGUCCCACUGGUGUUGGCAAGACCGAACUUUGCAAAGCGCUAGCUGGUUUCCUCUUUAAUGAUGAGCACAAAGGACUAAUUAACAUCAAUAUGUCGGAAUACCAUGAUCGACACACGAUGUCACGAUUAAUCGGCGCAGCUCCAGGAUACGUAGGCUUUGAGGAAGGAGGUCAGCUUACCGAAGCUGUUCGUCGUAAACCAUACGCUAUCAUCCUGCUCGAUGAGUUGGAGAAAGCACACAAGGACGUUGCGAUGAUACUCUUGCAGAUUCUGGACGAGGGAACACUAACUGAUUCGCAAGGUCGUAAGGUGGAUUUCAAGAACACCAUCAUCUGCCUGACAAGUAAUCUGGGAAGUGAUAUUCUAGCCCAAAGUAAUGCGACCGACAGCAAUGGAAUAGUAACUGCGGCAGCACGGGACGAAGUGCUCGAACGGACUACUGAGUACUUCCCUCCGGAGCUUCUGAACCGUCUGGAUUCGAUGAUUGUCUUCAACAAACUCUCCAAAGAAUCCAUUCUUCAAGUAGUGAAUCUCCGCCUGAAUGAUGUUGCUGAUCGACUGCAGCACCGUCGCAUCACUCUGGACGUGGACGCGGCGGCACGUGAAUGGCUUAUGCAAAAAGGCUACUCAGAAGUUUAUGGUGCUCGAGCUAUCGCUCGUGUGGUCAGGACUAAAGUGCUCUUCCCUCUCGCUCGGAAGCUUUUGAACGGGACCAUUAGGUAGGGAUGGUGAUGUCGUUACUAUCCGUGCAAGCGCAGACGGCCAAUCAUUGGAAAUUCGCGAUAAUCAUCCACCAGACGCAGCGAUCGCUAUUCCCAGUAGCGAGAGCUCUUUUGCUGAGCUCGACGAUCCUGAGGAUGACAACAGCAAGCAAUAGCUUAAAAGUAGUCCUGUUUCUGCUUAUUGUACUUAUACUUCUGAUAAUCCCCACUCCAUGUAUUCUACGUACACUCUAGCAUGAACCAGAUGGACUUUUACGAGAUGAUAAAUAAUGCGUAGCGUGCAUG